AUGCCCUCGAUUCCAAGAACUUACAAGCUUUCCAGUGGCUACCUUCUACCCUCUUUGGGGUUGGGAACCUAUGAUAUCCCAAGAGCUGAGACCACCGAAGUGGUUUAUCAGGCUCUGAAGGCCGGUUACAGACAUUUGGAUACUGCGGUGCUAUAUGGGAAUGAAAAAGAGGUUGCCCAAGGUAUUCACAGGUGGUUACAAGAAGAUCCUAGCAAAAACAAGCGGGGCGACGUGUUUUACACCACAAAGCUUUGGAACUCGCAAAACGGUUACAGCAAUGCCAAGAGGGCCAUUCAGGAGUGUUUGGCCAAAGCACAACCUUUGGGCUACAUCGAUCUGCUAUUGAUCCAUUCACCACUAAGUGGGUCCAAGGGUAGGCUAGACACCUACAAGGCAAUGCAGGAGGCAGUCGACCAAGGUAUUGUGCGUUCAAUCGGGGUGUCUAACUAUGGCGCACACCAUGUUGAUGAGCUUUUGGCUUGGUCAGAGCUCAAGCACAAGCCCGUGGUCAACCAGAUUGAGAUUUCGCCUUGGAUCAUGCGUCAGGAGCUUGCAGACCACUGCAAGGCCAAGGGUUUGGUCGUAGAGGCGUUUUCGCCGCUCACGCACGGGUACAAGCUCAAACAUCCCAACGUUUUGCAAGUGGCCAAGGAAACCGGCCACGAUUCUGGCCAGGUGUUGAUUCGCUGGUCUAUGCAGCACGGAUACGUCCCGCUACCUAAAUCCCGGUCUGUGACCCGACUCACGGGCAAUCUGCAAGCGUAUGACUUUGAGCUUACACCAGAGCAAAUGGACUUUCUGGAUCAACCAGAAGCGUACGAACCUACGGAUUGGGAAUGUACCGAUGCACCAUGA